CAGGCAUCAAUCAAGCUCUCUUCCAUUAGAACUACUGUGUUCCCCUCUGUCGCUGUCGCUGUCGCUAAGGCGUCGCAGUGGUUGAAGUGGCCCUACAAUAUCUGUAUCGUCCUUGCGACACGCCGUCCAUGAUGCUGGACGAGCUAGAUAACGUCUUCGAUGACCAUCCGUCGCUGGAUGCGUCGCUGGAGGACUUUGAGAAUAACAGCAAUGCCCAUCGCUCCCCCAUGUUUGGCCUUCCCUCCCAGCAUUCUGGGUUUCGGUCAGAGGAAUCAGAGGGCGAGGAAGAAGAUCUAACACCCAACGGCGAACGCUGGUCCCCGCCGGGCUUUCGAAGAUAUGACUAUGUGCAAGGUAGCGGAUGGUACCGUCACCAGCCCUACCUGCGCAAAAUCGACCAAGAUCGAUUGUCAUUGAAGCCAACUGUGGGGCUUAGCCCGUCGCAAUCGCGAGAGCCGAGUCCUCAGUACGAAGAUGCGCUAGAGUCGCCCACGGUGGGAAAGCGGAGUGAUACCGAAACAGGAGACAGUAUUACCAUUGCGGCCAACGUGCCAUUGCCAACUGAUGCGGAUUCCCCGCAGAAGGGCCGAUCCCCCAGUCCUGGCCCUGCAGCACGGGCAAGCCCUGACGAGGGACAGGACUUUGGAUCAGAGAAUCUUAGUAAUUAUAUACGGUUCGCCGUGCGCGCAGAAGUCCAGCAUCGCGAACCCUUUGUCGCAUUCUUUCGCUAUCUCCGGUCCAAAUUCGAUCGCAUCACCAGCUCCAAAUCUAACACCACCGUCUCAGUCCUCAUUGUCCUCCUUUCGAUCGCAUUCAUGCGCGCCUUGUUUAUGCCCAGUGUACCACGCGCCAUCCCAGAUCUGGUCAAGCUUUCGGGGUUUGCGCGAUCUUUCGAGCCUCUCAUCUAUUAUUCCGAGAAUGGCGUGCAGCAGAUUGGAACACUCCAAGAGACUGGCGUGGCGGUCUGGGAUCUAAGUGAAUCUGUGCGCGGUACCAACAUGACUAGCGCGCCCAUCAUUGUGCGCCAGCUCGAUGAGCUUUCCGAGUCUUUGAAGUCGCUCUCCCUAGAACUGACGCGCUUCUUUGCCAACGUCGACUCCGAUAUUGACUCGAUUCUCAUUGUCAUGGAUUGGGCAAAACGAGAACUGGAAACUUUAUCAUCGCAGCCUCCCAGUACCCUGCCAUCUAUCGUAUUUGACAACUUUCAUGACCUGUUAUCACGACUCGGCACAUUAGAACGGAUCUCAGUCCCUAGUAGCGACACAGACGGGAGCAGCAGCGAGCUCGCAACCACACCAACCGCCCUGGGCAAUGUUGUCAUGGCGAUCCUUGGCCCGACAUCUGCACAGCGCACACGCACGACCCUAACACGUACCUUUACCGAAUUCUUGUCGGUCCUAGAAGAGUCUAUUAACAGCGAACUAACACACUCAACCGCCCUCUUUGCCCUCUUUGAGUCAAUCGACAGGCAAUUCUUAAACCUCCAGCGCACCGUGGUCCGGGAGUCCGAUGCCCAGGAGCGAGCCGAGGGUGAGAUGCUCAGCUCACUCUGGACCCGUGUUCUAGGACCCGACGCUGCGGUGGUCCGUAAGUAUGAAAAGAACAAGAGAUUAUUAGCCAACGUCCGCAGCCGAACAGUCGCCAACAAGCAUCUUCUGAUGGACCACCGCGGCCGUCUACUAACACUCAAGGUCAAUCUUGAGACGCUACGUCGUAAACUCGUCAGUCCUUUGGUACGACGCAAUGACUCAGUAAGCUUCGCCGGCUCUGUUGAGGCCAGCAGCAGUCGCAGUAAUGGCCGAAUGCUCGGACCAGUUGAAGCCGUGAUUGACGGCCAGAUCCGCGGGUUGGAAGGAACCUACGAUUAUCUUCGCACCGUGCGAGAUAAACAAAAGGCCAAACUGAUGGAGAUGGUGUACGGAUCAGGACGCAAACUACCCCAUAAUUCCAUGCUAGCAGGAAUCCCAGACGACAUGGAGCCAGAUACCCUCGACGGGGUUUGACAAAAAUGGCAAAAACAGAGCGCACAGUAUAUAUGCAUUACACAUACGUUUUGUUUUCUUUAAUUUCUCUCCUUUGUUU